GUUGGCGACGCGCGCUCCCUGAAGCGGUAUCUCCAGAGCCUCUGCGGGGUGCCGCGCUUCAGGCAGCGCCUCAUCGCCGAUGGCCGAGCACUGGAGGACGACUUCAGGCGUCUCGAGGCAGGGGACAUUCAGCUGGUGCUUCUGUCCUUCUGCGAGGCCUCCGACGCGGAAGCUGGUGAGCUCCACUUGGCAGCGCGAGAAGGACGUGUUUCUGAGGUGGAGGAGAUGUUGAGUCGGCCCUUGCAUCCAGACUCAACCUCCAAAGAGGUCUGGUACACGCCACUGUAUGCUGCGUCUCACAGAGGGGAUGUGGAGAUGGUGCGUUUGCUGCUGGAGGCCUCAGCCGACAAGGACGACACGAGGUGUCACGGCUUCACUCCUCUCGGCAUCGCCUGUGUUCUUGGCCGUGCAAAUGUUGCAAGCGUGCUGCUGGAGGCCGGCGUCGACAAGGAUAAGGACUGCACAUGGGAAGGUGCCACGCCGCUGGGGGCGGCAGCCGACCACGGCCGGGAGGAGACCGUGCGCUUGAUGCUGGAAGCUGGUGCGGACAAGGAAAAGCCUUGGGGAGAUGGGAUGACGCCGCUUGGAGCGGCGGCUCUGAAGGGCCGCGUCAAAGCUGCACGCUUGCUCCUGGAUGCUGGUGCGGAGAAGGAUUGUCGGUGCCAGGGUGGUGCCACACCUCUCGGACUUGCAUCCAGCCGGGGCUUUCCGACUAUUGUGCAGAUGCUCCUAAAGGCUGGUGCUGACAAGGAUGCCUGCAGGCGGGAUGGUACCACUCCACUUGGCGUGGCUGCGCGCAAAGGUGCAGCAUGCCACAGGUCCAUGGUGCAGCAUGCCACAGGUCCAUUGCCCGUUUGCUCUUAUCGGCCAGCGCCGACAAGGACAAGCCAGGCAGAGCUGAUGGGGCACCACCUUUGGGCAUCGCUGCCAGCAAGGGAAAUGCUGAAAUGGUGUACAUGCUGCUAG